UUUACGUCACAGACCAAUCACCGCUCUAGCACAGCCAGAGUCUCGGUCGCUUAGAAAUGACGUACUGAAUGUAAAAGCGUGUUCGCAUGGCAGCUGUCUGGAGAGGAUCUGGCAGACUUUUGUUGCUAGUGCAGAAACAUCACAGCUGUAUCUCUCUGUCUCAGAAUUUAAACCAAUUUGCAAGAAUUUCCCUCCAGUUUUCCACUGUGGUCAAUUAUCAGAAAGCCAUGACUGACAAACCCCAGACAUCAACUGAUCUGGGGCUCUACAAACCCCCUCCCACAGUCCGAGGAAUGACAGAACUGGUCCGGGCUGCUUUCAGUCAGACAGUCAGUGUUCCUGCCAUACGGAUACCAACCAACGUUCUCAACAAAGUGGUGAAGAGUUUGAAGAAAGUGGCACUACAGAGGCCAGGACUCAAACGGGUCGUGGAUGAACACAGUGAAGAUGGCAAUAAAGAUUGUAGUAAUGGAGAACAUCGGCUGCUGCUGUUGGACCCGAACAGCAUUACAUCUAGAGAUUCGUUUGGCAGUGAGGAGGCAGAAGCUCUGAAAGCAUAUGGGGUGCCUCAGGAGAUCCAGAGAUAUGAACUGAAACUGACCUAUGAGAACCUUAAGAGUGAAGAGAUACUGCGAGCUGUACUUCCUGAAGGACAGGAUGUGACGUCAGGAUUUAGCAGGGUGGGCCACAUCGCCCACAUGAACCUGAGAGACCACCAGCUCCCCUACAAAAAACUGAUUGGACAAGUAAUCAUAGAUAAGAACCCCGGCAUUACCUGCGUGGUCAACAAGACCAACACCAUUGAUUCCACUUACAGGAACUUCCAAAUGGAGGUUUUGGCAGGCGAGAGUAACAUGGUGGCAAAGGUACGGGAGAAUGGCGUAUUUUACGAGUUUGAUUUCUCUCGAGUGUACUGGAACCCUCGACUCAGCACCGAACACGAGCGCAUCGUUGCCCUCCUUCAGCGCGGCGAUACCGUAGUAGACGUUUUCGCCGGAGUCGGUCCGUUUGCGAUCCCAGCGGCCCGUCGAGGCUGCGAGGUCAUUGCUAAUGACUUGAACCCGGAGUCCUUCCGUUGGCUCCAGCACAAUGCUAAACUCAACAAGGUCGACCAAAAGAUAACAUCGUUUAACAUGGAUGGACGGGACUUCAUCCGGGGACCGGUCCGGGAGCGUCUGCCUGCUCUAAUGAAGGGAUCACAAAAGAUUCAUGUGGUGAUGAAUCUCCCUGCGCUGGCUCUCGAAUUCCUUGAUGCUUUCAGAGGUCUGCUGGGUCCGGAGCCAGACCAAAGUCUUUCCUGCCAGGUUGACAACCUGCCUCAAGUGCAUUGCUACGGGUUCUCCAAGGAAGACGAUGCACAGAGGGAUGUAGUGGAGCGGGCGGAGGCGAGUUUAAAGAUUUCCCUGCAAGGACGGUGUUCUGUACACCUGGUGAGGAAUGUGGCACCUAAUAAGGAGAUGAUGUGUGUGAGUUUUACCUUGCCUAGAGGGGUCCUGUACGCCACACACACCCAAGAUAGAGACAGUUCAGACGAGCCGUGUCCUAAGAAACAGAAGUGUGAGGAUUUGACAGACUGAAUAAACUCAGUUUGUGUGUUAAUUUUCCUGUUAAAAUGAUUUAGUAUUUUGUUCUUUUAUUUUUUUUUUUAAAUAAAUUAUCAUUCCAUGAGGGUGAA